CUAAGCAAACAACCAUGAACAGCAAGAUUGUACUAUUCAUCUGUAUGGUAGGCGUGGCCUCGGCCAGCGUUGUUGCUCCAGUACCAGUAGCACGUGUUGACCCAUUCCCGCAAUACUCCUACGGCUACGAUGUUCAAGACUCCAUCAGCGGCGACUAUAAGGGGCACCAGGAACAAAGGAACGGUGACGUCGUUACUGGUUCCUACUCCGUUGUCGAUCCCGAUGGUACUAGAAGAAUUGUUGAUUAUGCUGCUGAUCCUAUUAACGGUUUUAAUGCUGUCGUCCGCCGUGAACCUCUUGUAGUCGCCGCACCCGCUAAAGUCAUCGCUCCGGCUCCACUUCUUGCUCCCGCUCCAGUAGCUCCUGCCCCAGUAUUAGCGAGAGCACCUUUGUACGCUCCUGCCCCUGCACCCGUCUUCGCGCCACGACUACCCUAUUACUUUUAG